AUGCUGUUUAAGGUUUUAAUAACAAUUUUAGGUGUUUGUGUGGCAUCGUCACUCGCUACCUUCAACGCCUCUGAUUACGAGAACAAUGUAAUCAUGUACACAUGGAACAGUGAAGGAGCACAUUACAACUUUACGUUCACGGAAGAGUCUUAUACAACAUUCCAGCAAAUGUGCCCUCCGCCAUCUAACUGGACCAUUGUCUCCCAUGCAUGGAAAGAGAAUUUGCAAAAAGAAUUGUGGACUGAAAACAUUGUACAGAGUUUCUUGAAUUUCCGUGGAGGUUGCGUCAUGUUCUUCGACUAUGAUAAUUAUGCUAAAUACGGAUAUUUCCCUAUGGUCACGCAUACCAUGGGAAUCGGAGAAGUUUUAAUCAAAUUGUUCCGUCAAUUCGAAACAAUGGGUUACGAUCCUGCUGAUGGUUUUCUCUUCGGAAACGGAUUCUCGUCGCAUUUGUUCUUCAUUGCUGCCUACAACUAUUCGCCAUGCACAAUUGGUCGAAUCGAUUCAUGCGAUGCUGCCAAAGCAAAAUUCUUGAAUGACUCGGAAGCUGUUCAUCUUGCCCCGAAAGCUGCCAAAAAUGUUAUUUGCUAUCAUACCAGCAGAGCAUGGGGAACACAUUUGAGAUAUUGUCAGAAGAAUAUCAACUUUGGUCGUUGCGGUAUUCAUCAACCUGCUGUUACUACAACCAAAUUGACAAAUCAUGAGCUCUGUCCGUACAUCUACAAUAACACGUUUACAGUUAACUUCCCAAUUGUUCCAAAAGAAACCGUGCACAAACAUUACAGAACGAAAUGCAGAAAUUUGACAGUUACGCCUGAAUUAUUACCGGGCGACAGACAAUUCGCUGGACCUCGUUUGAAGACUUGCAUCCCUAAUGGAGAGUAUUAUGUCUUGACUGAGAAAGAGUUCCCUUAUAACGUUCCAUUGACCGAUUCCGGAGAUGGAGAAUACGAUUACAAUGAUGAGUAUGAUGAUAAUGAAGAUGAUGAUGCAGAGUAA